AUGGCGGAUGCGAGGAAGCUCGUAAAGGCGCGCGGGAGAAACAAGGCACAGAUGACGCGCGCGCGGAACUGGCUUCGCGUUUUCGACAUACAAAGUCACCAGAUUGAAGAAGUAGAAGUUAGGUUAGAAUCGAUACAACAAGCAUGGGACGAAUUUCGCGUAAAUCAAAAUCCACUCGAGGAAUUGAGCGAAGAGUAUGAGGAUGACGGGGAACGCGAAGCGUUCGAAGCGGAAUACUAUACAGCGUCCGCGACGGCAAAGGCGCUCAUCGCACGGCACAGCCGACCACGAACCGCCGUGCAAGAAAUUCGCGAAGCCGACAAUCAGAACGUUCAUCACCAUCUACAAGCAAUAGUCGAAUUUCCAGCUAUACAAAAAGAAUCGUACAACGGAUUGCGGCAACUGUUAGAUCAUACUGAAAAACACGUGCGAGCUCUAAAAAAGCUUGGUGAACCCACCGAUCAGUGGAGCACCAUUCUCGUUCAUUUAAUGACAGCAAAAUUCGACAACGCCACUAAACGCGAAUGGGAAAUUAAGACUGCAGCUAGAGAAGUUGCAACAUAUACGCAAUUUAUUAAAUUCACAACGGAUCGGUGCGUUAUGCUAGAAACGUUACAGCUCGAUAAAUCCAAGUCCGCAAAAUCCUCAGUAGUCAGCGGCGACACAAAAUCAAUUAACGCAAACAAAAAGUCAGUCGCCGCGGUGGCGUCUGAAGCAAAAUCCACAGAAUGCUUAACGUGCAGUCAAGGAAAGCACAGGAUAUAUCAAUGUCCUGCAUUUCUUAAUUUAACACCUCAGGCUAGAAAUAAGGAGAUUAAACGAUUGAAAUUGUGUUUUAAUUGUUUUAAGGGAGGUCAUUCCAUUGAAGCCUGCGGAUUUGGCACGUGCAGAUUGUGUCACAAAAAACAUAAUACGUUAUUACACGUCACCAAGGCCAAGGAUACAGAAUCUGAAGGCGUCAGUCAAAGUUCAGCCAUCGAACCAAAGACCACAUCAACCGAAUCACAAGCCGCAAGCGCCGGAGAGUUCCAAGAGUGUCGUGCAUUUCUGGAUCCCGGCGCACAAUUAAAUUUUAUGACAAAGGAGCUCUGCGAACGUUUAGAACUUCCGCAGCAAAAGAAUUACUCACCACUUCGUGGAAUCUACAACACAAGAACAUCAACUCUCACAGAUACUCACACAACGAUUCGAUCAAGGUUCAAUGCAUUCGAAGCUCAUCUUACGUUCUCAGUGUUACCUGAGAUUAUUGGAAUGAUUCCUCUGUCGGAGAUUAACAAGCGCCACGUGAAAAUACCUGAAACAAUUAAGCUAGCUGAUCCAUCAUUCCAUACGCCCGGGAAGAUUGACGUAUUACUCGGAACUGUCAUAUUCUGGGAUCUCCUAUGCGUAGGUCAAGUGAAAUUGGGAAGAAAUCAACCAGUUGCACAAAAGACUAAACUAGGAUGGGUCAUCGGUGGACCUCUAAAGGUCGAGAGUCCUCGAAAAGCGUCAACUGCGGCUAUCUGUUUGACGUCUACCACCAACACUAUCGAAGCUCAGCUGGAACGUUUUUGGAAAAUAGAGGAAGGCGUUCCGCAUGCAGAACCAUCAGAAAAUGAUAAGAUUUGCGAAGACGAAUUCGUCCGAUAUCACAAGCGUAAUGCAGAAGAGCGUUUCGAAGUAAGGCUGCCGCUGCGUGACAGUGUCGAGCGGCUUGGACAAUCUCAAGAAGUUGCUAUCAAACGACUAAAAAGCUUAGAACGAAAAUUCGCUAAGUUGCCUAAUUUAAAGCAACAAUACACAAAAUUUAUACAGGAGUACGAAGAAUUGGGUCAUAUGACCAGAAUCAUGGAUCCAGAGCAAACCAAGACAACGUAUUUUCUGCCACACCACGGAGUUGUCAGGGAUGACAGUCUGACUACUAAACUUAGAGUGGUGUUCGAUGCGUCGUGCCCCACGUCGACUGGAGUCUCGCUAAACGACAUACUACGGGUAGGACCAACCAUCCAGCAAGAUCUGUGGUCCAUAGUACUCAGAUUUCGUCAACAUAAAGUUGUAAUUACAGCAGACAUCAAACAGAUGUACCGGCAGAUACUUAUUCAAAACGAUCAACGUAAUCUGCAAAGAAUUGUGUGGAGAGAAGACGCAAGCGAGUCUAUUCGUGAAUAUCGUCUUAAUACCGUGACAUAUGGGACAGCUAGCGCACCAUUUUUAGCUAUUAGAUGCCUACAUCAACUCGCUAUUGAGAAUCAAGACAAAUAUCCUGAGACCAGUGAUAUCAUACGUAAUGAUUUUUAUGUCGACGAUCUGUUGUCAGGCGGCGAAGAUGUUGACACCGUGCGAAAACUCAAGAACGAAUUAACUGAAAUCUUGCAAUCGGCAGGUUUUCAGCUUCACAAAUGGAGCACCAACGAGCCUACAAUUCUCAACACAUCACAUCUCAACACGUCAGAAAUCAAGGGUUUACCAAAGGACGACGAAAUCAAGACACUAGGAGUCUGUUGGAAUACUACUAAUGAUUGUUUACAAUACAAGACACAGGCAAUCACAAAAACUCAACGAGUGACGAAACGAUCAGUAUUAUCGACUAUCGCUCAAGUUUUUGAUCCCUUAGGCUUGAUGGGGCCUACAAUCAUUUGUGCCAAGAUCAUACUGCAACAACUCUGGCAACUGAAAAUUGGAUGGGAUGAAUCACUCCCGCUGCCCUUACAUACAAUGUGGGUACAAUAUCAAAAUCAAGUCAACGAAAUAAAUUCAAUUUCGAUACCGAGACGCAUAAUAGGUGAUGAACCUCAGACAAUAGAACUACACGGCUUCUGUGACGCGUCGGAAGCGUCGUAUGGGGCCUGCAUCUACGUGCGAAGCACCAAUCCGUCAGGGGAAAUCGUCUCUAGAUUGCUUUGUGCCAAAUCAAGAGUGGCGCCUCUCAAAAGCAUCACUCUACCUCGCCUGGAAUUGUGCGGAGCCGUGACACUCGUCAAGCUUGGAAAAAUGGCGCAGCAAGCACUUUCAAUCAAAUUCGAUCAUGUGCAAUAUUGGAGCGAUUCGACCAUAACCUUGGCCUGGAUCGCACAUCGACCUGGAGAAUUACAAACUUUCGUCGCAAACAGAGUUGCGACUAUUCAACGCACAGCACCCGAAGCACAAUGGACGCACGUCCGAUCCAAGGACAACCCAGCCGAUAUCAUCUCCCGAGGCGCAACUCCACAGGCGCUCAAGGACUCGCCUUUAUGGUGGACAGGACCGGCAUGGCUGAGUAGUGAUCGACGGGAGUGGCCGAGUGAACUCCAUUCAAACGCGACAGACGUACCCGAACUCAAAAAACAGACAUUAUUAUCUCAUUGCGUUCUUUCAGGGUUUGAAUUGUUCACUAGAUUUUCAUCUCUCUCUCGUCUUCAGCGAGUCGUCGCGUACUGUUUACGUUUCAAAACAAACACAUUGAAUAAGCCCGCGCGAGAAUUCGGCCCUUUAUCGGUGCAAGAGUUAAGACAAGCUAUGGAAUCGCUAAUCCACACGACGCAAUCAAAUGAAUUCGCUGCCGAACUUUCGGAUCUUCAAGCAAGUAGACGCGUAUCUACCAAAAGCAAGCUAAUAACUCUAAAUCCCUUUUUAGACGAGAACGGAAUCAUCCGGGUAGGAGGUAGACUUCGUCACGCGAAUGUCGAUCAAUCAAUAAAGCACCCGAUAGUGCUACCUGCUAAACACCCGCUCACCGACUUAAUUAUUCGCGACUGUCAUUUAAAAGAAAUGCAUAUCGGUGCUCAAGGACUUCUCGCUCAUUUACGCUCACAAUUUUGGCCAUUGUCCGGACGCAAAUCAAUCCGACGUGUAUUGCGUAAAUGUAUAGCAUGCUUUCGCGUUCGUCCCAACAAUCAAGUACAAUUGAUGGGAGAUUUACCGAGAUCUAGAGUAACUCCAAAUCGACCGUUUUUUAAUUCAGGCGUAGAUUACGCGGGUCCUUUUCCAAUAAAACUAUCACGAAAUAAAACUGGAAAAGCGUAUCUCUGCAUCUUUGUAUGUCUUGCAACCAAGGCCACUCAUUUAGAAAUAGUCAGCGAUCUGACUACGACAGCGUUUCUUAACGCGUUAAAACGGUUUAUCGCUCGGCGAGGCCGGUGCGCAAAAUUAGUAUCCGACAAUGGCACUAAUUUCAUAGGUGCGAAUAACGAGCUCAGGGGACUUACAAAUAUGUUAGAGCAGGAACGCGGUAACGUCAAAAAGUUUCUAGCGGAUCAAGCCAUACAAUGGCAAUUUAUCCCAGCACAUUCACCUCAUAUGGGUGGGCUCUUGGAAGCAGCCGUGAAGUCGACAAAAACACACUUAAAGCGAGUCAUCGGCAAUCAAUCAUUAACGUUCGAAGAACUCGGAACGAUAUUCGCUCAAAUCGAAGCGGUGUUAAAUUCACGUCCGCUCUGCGCUACUUCCAAUGAUCCUCAAGAUUACGAAGUCCUCACGCCAGGACACUUUAUUAUCGGUGAACCAUUGAACUCCUUCCCAGAGCCCAACCUUUUUGACGUGCUCACCAACCGGUUAACACGGUUUCAAUUGUUAUCUCAAAUGAGACAAAAUUUUUGGAAGCGGUGGUCCAGCGAAUAUCUUACCCAACUUCAAAAUCGCUACAAAUGGCAAAGACCUACUUAUGAAACGAUUAAAAUCGGAACGCUUGUCCUACUAAAAGACAAAGAUUUGCCACCAUUAAAAUGGCACAUGGCCCGAAUCAUCGAAACCCAUGUCGCAAACGACGGAUAUGUACGCGUAGUUAGCGUAAAAACGUCUAAAGGCGUAACCAAACGUGCCAUCAAUCAAAUCUGUGUCCUCCCUAUUGACAAUUAA